AUGCCGAAGAUUUUCCUAAUAAAGAAACGGCUGCAUGAGCAACAACUGGGGCUGCAGGAGGGGCAAGAGUUGCUCGCUAGUAAAGCUGAUCCGCUCUGCCCCGGCUCGCCUCUCGAUGACGGACCCAUUGCUCUGUUAUCCAAGAAGGAUAAGGAAUGCAUUGAUCGAGAUGUGUUUGGAGAAAGCAAUGGAACAAGACUUACACAAGAACGUCGUACUAAAGAGCCUAGAAGGUUUAUAUCUUCCAUACUUGGGGGUGAUAUACCGUAUGGUAGUCACCGAGGGCAUGUCCUUACGCAAGCUGAAAGGAAGCUAUAUUUGCCAGUCGAAGAAAAAAAACCUGAAGACAAUUCUCUGAUCAAAGAAGAAAGAGAUCCCGGACACCAUCACAGUCACAGUUUCGUGAUGGUAAAAAAAGAGUUGUCAGAUGUAAACAUUCCACCUACUUUGCCUACAACUGAGCCAGAACAGGAUCAGCCUAUCGAUUACGCAAUUGUUAAAAAACGCGGGGAAUCUGAAGACGAGGAAACGGAAAAAAAGAUAAGGGAACAAAGAAGAACAAGCAGCUCGAAAAUUGCCAAUGGUAUUUUAGCUAGACCUGUACUAGUUCUGCGAAAUUGUCCAGGUAACAAAGUUCCUGGAAUUAUAAAUGCUGCUGCGGGCCAUGGUAGAUCGACCGGAGGAAAUGGAUCAAAUUCGGGUACCCAGAGCAGUGCAGGUUCGGGAAGUUUUAGUUCUGGUGGUGGAAGUACAGCUCCAAGCUCAGGUGGAGGAGGAGCUCUGGGUGGUGGAUCGGGAAGUGGUGGCAACGGUCGAGACGGUCGAUCGAAUUAUGGACCAAACAGUCCACCUACAGGUAGCCUACCACCGUUCUACGAAACCCUUGGACCUUCCACUAAAAGUGGACAAAACUCUUUUAACGCUAACAGUACUUUCCCAAACGAGUUUAAUAUGAUAAAUGGUUUCAAUAUGGAAUGUGAAAAUAAUGAAAAUGCCACAAAUUUUCCAGAACAAGGAAAACAAUAUUCAUUAAUGCAGAAUGCACAUUACGGAUUAGCUUUAAAAGAUGAAGAAAUUGAUUAUGAAAAUAAAUUAGAAAAUUUAGGUGCUAUUGGCAAUUAUGGAAGCAAUUUCGAUGUUUCAAUGGUUGUUGACAUGGGAGAAGAUGUUAUAGAUAACAUUCAGUUUUCAACCACAUUAUCAUUUACGGGAUCUAAUGAAGGCAUUUUAGGAAAUCUAUCGGAUUCUACUGAAGAUUUUGCAAACUUAUUAAAUAAUCAUGUAGAAUCUAUUACAGAUUCCGAAAUAAGAGAAUCUUCAUCGAUAACACCAGACUCCGUACACAACCCAGUAGAUAUAGAGUCAUUGGCAGAACAAGUAAACCUAAGUAGACAAUAUUAUGAAAAGGCUAAUUAUUUGGCGUUUGCAAGCCAGGAACAAAAUUCUUCAUAUAAUUUUGCAAAGGAGCGCCCAGACUUAUUAAUGCAUUUAAAUCCAGCGUUACUACAACACAAUGAGGGCCAAAUGCAGCAACUACAGAUUCAUGUUCAACUUCAACAGAGGCAGCAAAUACUUUCACCUGGUUUCCCCUUCGCUAGUCAUUCUUUGGAACUCGACUCACCGACCGGUGUAUCACUACCUUCGCCUGGAGGAAACAACUCUUUAGACGGAAAUAGCCACAUAGAAAAUUCUUCGCUCAGUCCUGCUGCUGCUGUAAGUCUGAAGAAAAGUUCUGUCGCCGAUAGCAAAAUUCAAAUCUUGCAACAAAGGUUGGGUCUGCCGGCAGAGCUCCCAUUGGAAUUCAUUAAUGGUGGCCACGGUGUAAAAAAUCCAUUAGCCACAGAAGCUAAUGCAAGACAAAGAGAGGAAGAAAAGAAUAAACAAGUAUUAGUUAGCGAAGACGACCCUACAAAAUUUGUUUGCAGGGUCUGUUCCAAGAACUUCAGUUUGCAGAGGCUUUUAAACCGACACAUGAAAUGCCACUCGGAUGUAAAACGGUAUCUUUGUACUUUCUGUGGCAAGGGAUUUAAUGACACGUUUGAUUUGAAACGACACACAAGAACGCACACAGGAGUUCGUCCUUACAAGUGCAAUCUCUGCGAAAAAUCCUUUACCCAAAGGUGUUCUCUAGAAUCACACUGCUUAAAAGUUCACGGUGUACAGCACACUUACGCCUACAAAGAACGAAGGACAAAGAUGUACGUAUGCGAAGAAUGCGGCCACACUACAUCGGAACCUGAAGAACACUAUAUGCAUCUUAAGAAACAACAUCCUUACUCACCAGCUUUACUUAAAUUCUACGAUAAGCGACAUUUUAAAUUCACGAAUGCGUCAUUCGCCAACCAACUGUUGGGACAGCUGCCAAUGCCUGUCCACAAUUAA